UUUUCUACAUGGAAACAUUUCAUGCGACACAGAAAUCUACCUCGAUAUAUAAAGUUUAGGGAUUUUUGAAUUCCUAUCUUCGACGAGAAUAUAGGGAAUACUUAGACAAGAGAUUUUCGAACUUGGAUACUGGUAGCUCUGCUUCGUAGCUUUGAUACCACGGUAUCUCGCCUUCGUAGUUUGUGCCUAAUGCACUAGAUUCUCGAGACUGUCAAACGUACAUACAUACACAGAUCAGGCAUGCCCGACAUGGAGGCUGACGACCGAGGGAAGAGCGAUGAUUAUUACCUGGAGCUAUCUCCUGAUCCGAUCAGGUUCGAAUCAGUCAGCUGCCUCACAAACGUGUUUUUCGAUGACUCGAAACAGCAAGUGUUUGCUGUUCGCUCAGGAGGAGUUACAGGAGUGCUUGUUAAGGGCCCGGACCAGAACCUGAACUUUCGCAUGGAGGACAGGGGUCCCGUGAUCUCCAUCAAGUUUUCCCCGGACAUGAACGUCCUCGCGAUCCAACGCACCAGCUCGUCCGUGGAAUUUGUUAAUUACUCGCCCGUGUCUGGAUUAGAUCACAUCGAGUACUCCCAGGCGUGCAAAGGAAAGAACACCACGAUAUUGGGCUUCGUCUGGACGCACGGCACUGAAAUACUCGUUAUCACGGAUCACGGAGUCGAAUUGUUUCAUGUCAAUCCGGAGAAACGAUGCGUCAGGGCACUGAAGUGCUUGAGUUUAGGCAUAAAUUGGUUUGUAUUUUGUCCCAAGAGUUUUCUAGUAUUACUGUCAUCUGGCACGAUUGGUAAUCAGAUACAAGCGCUGCACAUUACGCCCAGCAAUCUUCACAAGUUAACCAAGUUUGAAAUCGAACACAGUGUACCGAAGCCAGGAAAGUUAGCUGUUUCCGAGAGAGACGUGGCAUUGGCUGUGUUGUACGGAACGCCUUGUAUAAUUUUGUUGCGGCAUCAACCAGGAGUCAAUCGCUCAAUGGGAACUGCAUUUGUAUAUGUCUAUACUAUACACAAAAUGAUGACCAUUAAGAAAAGCCAUAUGUUGAAACUGGACGUUGGUGGCAGGUUUGCCAUAAAUGUCGUCGAUAAUCUGAUCAUUGUUCAUCAUCAAGCGUCAAAAACAUCAAUGAUAUUCGAUAUUAUGCUUUCUGGUGUGAGUGAUGGCACUGUGAUGCAUCAUACCAGUGUGGCCGUGGCCAAGCCAAUUAAGCCAUUCAAUCUGAAGGUACCAGGCGCAACAUUGUCUGAUCAGAUGUAUCAGCCGUGCCAAUUAUAUUCCCCAAAUUGGGUUGUUUUUCAACCAAAUAUUAUAAUUGACGUAAAGCUCGGCUGUUUAUGGUAUAUCGAACUCAGAUUGGAAACUUUGGUGAAGCUGAUCACCGACAAGAUAGUCCUCGUGGAAUUUCUAAUGCAGCGCUCUAACGCUAAACAGAUACUCAUACAAGUUCUGCAAAGCUUUAUGACGCAGUUACCCGUAAGCUUGAUGGAGAUGCCGAUCAUAUUCGACAAACUUAAUUCCGUGUACAGAAAUUAUUUAGAGAACGAAAUACAAAACCAGAUGGGAACACCACUGCAAAAUAAUGUGAAGAACGUGACGACGAUCGCUGACAAUUUCAAGUAUAAGCUGCUGCUCGAUCAGAGCGACAUGUACAGUCACAUACUAUCCAAGUUUCCCGAAAACACGAUAGAGCCAAAGAUGGUGAUAUGGGUCCUGCUCGAAUAUAUUAGAUCAUUAGCCGAGCAUGAGAUACCGGUGCAACAUUACUUGCACGAGUUGGUGAUCACGACGCUGGUACAUCGGAAGGCGUACUAUCAGCUGCAUCAGUUGCUGCAGUACCACGUGGUCGCUGACUCGAAGCCUCUGGCAUGUCUGCUGCUCUCCCUGGAAAAUUUAUACCCAGCGGCGCAUCAGUUGGCACUGGACAUGCUGAAGCGAUUGGGCAACGCGCACGAGGAGAUAAUCGAAGUGCUGCUAUCGAAGGGACAUAUCUUGCCCGCCUUACGGUACGUUCGAUCGGUGGGAAUGGCGGAUCAGGUGUCGGCGAGGAAAUUUUUAGAAGCGGCAAAAGCCACGGAUGACGCGACGCUCUUUCACUCGGUGUUCAAGUUCUUCGAGCAGCGUAACUUGAGACUGCACAACACCACGGCUUUCACGCGGGGGGAACAUUGCCAGCCGUACGUUCAGCACUUCAAGUACUUGUUCCAAGAGACGGACAAUGAGUGCAAUUCGGAUACGAACUCAAAUCUCACCACCACCUCUUAGUAGGAUUGUACAAUAAUAUCGGCGUGAAUGAUGGGUAAUGAUUCGCCUUUUAUUUUUAUUUAAUGAAACUGAUGGAGAGCUCACGCUUGAACGUUGUAGCCGCUUCGGAUUGUAGGAAUUUACGAAUUCCUAUGAUACUGUAUAGAUAAACAUUGUUAUGGAUUAUUUAUUAUGGAAAAGAAAGAGAAAAUGAAGGAAGUUUUUAAGCGACA